ACUUGAUUUGAAGUGAACGGAACAGAGCAACGAUGAGUCCCGGCACCGAUCCGGAUUCAUCUUGUGUAAUAACAGCUGUUGGUUUUGUUGCACAGGCUGGAACCAAACAGCAAAAGUAUGAAGUCUCAUUUGGUCAACCACAAACGGUGAUUUCCAGAAAUACGAUGAUGUAUUCGUCUGGUUAUACAUACAAUAUACCUGGCCCCAUAGCAGCUGCUGAAUUUGUUAAUAUGAGGCGGAGCCUGUGAAGCUAGUUAGUUUAUUCUUAUUCCGUAAACACAAUAUCAGUUGACUGGAAGAGGAAACGGAUGAUCUUGUUACAUCGAAUGAAUGCUCUGUGGUUUUUCUUGUAUGUCAGAUAAUUAUUCCACCUACUAUAUCAAGUUUAAACUAACUUCGGGAAUAAAGUUAUCUCGAACUUCAGAUAGUGCUGAUGAUGCUUGUUUGUGGCCAUCAAGUCUCCUUUCACGACGUACACGAUACCUAUGUUAUGUUUCAGAAAAUAUAAAUACAUGUGCUGGACAAAGACCAAUACUUGUAAAUUUGGUACUAGUAGACGACGGUGAACAUAUUCCUGCAAAUCAUCAAGCGAUAUAUAAUACAAUAGAUACAGGUGAACGUGCUUUAAAAAGAAAAAUUCUUUGUGCUAAAUUUUCACCACGUUCUACAACUUCUCGUGCAAUUACCAGAAUUGGUGUUUACAGUCGUCCACGUACUACAACUCCUGGUUAUACACGUAUCGGUGAUAUCAAUUCGAUUGUGAUUUAUUGUAAACAUACAGAGAUUGGUCUACUUAAUUCAGAAAGAUCAUCUGUUCAAGUAAAACUUCCCCCAUCAGUCCCAUCUCGACCAUCAAUUCCAGAUAGAAAUGGUUUGUAUCCAAGUUUACCUUCAUUUCCAUCAUCAGGCAACGCUUCAGCUUGUGAAGCAUUCGCUACAACGCGACGUGGAACAGUACAUCCUCUGUCUGGGAUUCCUUUUGAAUUGAACAAACGUUAUCUUACUGGCGAACCAGGGGAAUGCAGAACUAACGGAGCAUCAAAGUACAAGUCAUUUGACGAAAUAGAUUCUGAGGUAAUUUCCGCAGUAAAUCAUAUAUUUGUUAACCUUUUUAAUUUCAUUUUUACUUAUGACCAUUGAGUUAUUACACCUGAAAGGAAGUGACUAACUGGGACUAACGAACUGACAGCAAUACUGUGUAGUAACGCUUCGACUUGGCAUUUCUGCCGUUCCAAUUUGAUAUAAUAUUAAAGGACAUGGGGAAAAAGGCUCAUGAAGAAUCGACGAGAAAUUUAUGAAUUUUCAAUAUCGUUUUGAUCAAGAACGCUUCUUACUUGAAACAUCAACGUGAACGCUUAUCAAACGCAGAUAUAAUUGUAAAACGGCUGAUGUGAUCUAUAUUUAUUUAUAUUUAAUAGUUCUCUUCAACUUUUAAAAUUCAGAUAUCACAGUUUUCUUUUUUUUUUAAUAUUAAAAUAAAGUCGAUG